AUGUCGAAGGACGGGCCGACUCCUAGUACGAGCACCACCUCACUCUUCGGCUGCCUUUUCGAUGUCUCUGGCUCUACCGGUGGGGUUCUCGAGAUCGGCCGCCCGCAUGAAGAGGCAGGUCGACCACCUCGGCGCAGUGCUCAGAUCGUCACCAGCGAGCUUCUCGAUAGCCACGGGGAUGACCCGAAUGGGCACGGCCUUCAUAUCGAAUUGACAAACCGGAACAAUAUCGGACACAUCACGAACUACAUCCAGACCGAAAAUUGUCCGACGACGAGGCGCGUAUUCCCACACCGGCAACUCUACGACCAGGUAGCCGAAGCGUAG